AGUCAAUGCUCUCACUUACUAAAAGCUGCAAUCGCUCUGACGUCAUCCAACCCUUCAGCACAACCUAGAGUCUAUGGCUUCGAUAUUCUGCAGCUGCAUCCAGUCAGCUACAUCUACAGCACCAUCUAGGGAUCUACGUAAGCAAUCGUACGAAGGUACCUUUGUGAAUAGAAAAUCUACCCUACCCUAGGAUAUACGCGAAAUUGCUACGCAUGUAGAUAAAGAGCGGGUGGAACGCACGGAAGUGUCUUUGCUGACAGAGCGAGGUGUGAAACGCACAAGAGUGGGGUGGAGCCGUUAGCUUCAUCUUCGUGUUGUUGCACGGCAAGCCUGGGAUUCGGGUCGGCCACUUAAACCUGGAACUAUGGCUACAGGAGAGGUUGUGCUUAAUGGUGAUCGAACAUUUGAAAGUGUGGAGCUUGGAGAUGUAAGGAAGAAGAAGAAAAUUCCUCGAAGAAUUAUCCACUUUGCCAGUGGUGAAACCAUGGAGGAAUAUAGUACAGAUGAGGAAGAAGAGUUGCAGGAGAAAAGAGAUAUUUUGCCAUCUGUUGACCCAUUCUUGCAGACAAAGUUGACAUGGGGGCCAUAUCUCUGGUUCUACAUGCUGAGAGUUGCAACCUCCACACUUUCAGUGUGCGACUUCCUAGGAGAAAAAAUAGCAUCAGUUCUGGGGGUUAGUACACCUAAGUACCAAUAUGCAAUUGAUGAAUAUUACAGGAUGCAGAAAGAGGUUGAAGAGGAGGAAGAAGAGAAUGAAAUGUCUGAGCAGGCAGAGAAAAAGUACCAAGAGCAGCACACUCCACAGCAGCAUGAGACUUGCCCUGAGUCAGAGCAGCCUGAUGCCGCUAGUUCCUUUGUCAAUAUUAGUUUUGUAAUGGAAGGAGAUGACUCUGUAAAUUUGGCACAGAGGCAGGAACUGUCUGCUGUCCCGACUUAGAAGAAAGAGGAGACAAGAAAAAGCAACACCUGCCAAAAUGAAAACUGUGCCUUUCUAUGUUACUUGACCCUCAAGUGUGUGGUAAUAACAUAAAAUUCUUAAUACUUGACAUCGAGGAAACUAUCUCCAUUCACGCAGGGUUGACGUUAUUUGCAUACUGUUUUUGAAAAGGACACUCACAAGUGGUCAGGGCUAGUCAGCCAUUUUUAUAAAUCUAGUGUACACAAAUAUAUUAAUAUAUUGAACCAAACAUGCAUGUAUGUCUUCAUGUUACUUCCUCAUGUCCUAACAUAAAUGUCUGCUAUCCAAGACAAUUUUGGUGUUAGUUUGUUUUUAGGUUGAAUAUUCUGUGCAGAUUAUUUCAUUUACAAAAAUGGAGUUCCAUUUUUCUAAUACAGAGCUCCAAAUUCUCCGUAAAGACAUUUAUAUGGGCAGUGUCAGAGAGACAUAUCAAAAGUUUUGAUCGGUUGGGGUCUGAGUGUUUAGGCCCCAACUGAUAAGCAGGACGAGCCAGGAGAAAUGCAUGCUCAGCCCAUUCUUCCUUAACUAUUUGUCAUGUGUCCUACAUGGUCCUAUUAGAUAAGUCUAUGUGCUCACGUGGACACAGAGCAGGGAGAGACACUAUUGCGGGAGACUGUGUGAAUUUAGUAGCUCAGCUCCGCCUCCUUGACACAAUUAAAAAGAGAUUUUAUUAGUUCAGCAAUUACAAUCGGCUCCAGGAAAGGUAUGGGUUGCUUUUAUACCCUGGCAGUGAUCCAACAGUCCGCUGCUUAUAGCAGCAAAUAGGUUUGAAGGGAAUCUGUCAGCUCUCUGCCUGUGCAGAGGAUGCGUAUAAAAUUAUUAACCUCCUAAUGACUACCCAUACACCUUUUUUUAACAGUGGUUAUUAACCCCUUGGGGACAGAGCCCAUUAUAACCCUAAGGAUGGGAGCAUUUUUUGCACAACUGACCACUGUCACUUUAUGUAUUAACUUAUUACUGCUUUUACUUAUAAAUUUGAUUCUGAGAUUGUUUUUGUUUUUUGUGACAUAUUCUACUUUGUUAGUGGUAAAUUUCCGUCGAUACUAAUAAUUUCUUGGUGAAAAAUUCCAAAAAUUCGGGAAAAAUUUAAAAACUUUGCAUUUUUCUAACUUUGAAGCUCUCUGCUUGUAAGGAAAAGGGACAUGUCAAAUAAAUUACAUAUUGAUUCACAUAUACAAUAUGUCUACUUUAUGUUUGAAGCCCUCUGAUGUCUUACAUGUCAACUUUAUUUUAAUUUUUUCCCGAAAAUUUCAAAAUCAGAAUUUUUCAGGGACCAGUUAAGUUUAGAAGUGAAUUUGAGGGUCUUUAUGUUAGAAUCCCCUAUAAUGGACCCCAUUAUGAAAACUGCACCCCUAAAAGUAUUCAAAAUGACAUUCAAAGUUUGUUAACCCUUUAGAUGUUUCAGUCGAAUAGCAGCAAAAUGGAGGAGAAAAAUCAAUGUCCAUUUUUUUUUU